AUGCCCGCCGUAGUAAUAGUUUUUACAAUUUUCAUUUUCUUUCUUUUUAUUCCUUCUUUUAACUUCCGCUUUUAUUCUUCGUUCUUUUUGUUUUUCUUUCUUCCCUUUUUAUCUUUCUUUCUUCAUUUCUCUUUUUCUUCGUCUUUCUUCAUUUCUUUUCUUUCUUUCGUCAUUUCUUUCUUUUCUUCAUUUCUUUUUCUUUCUUUCGUCAUUUCUCUUUCUUUUCUUCAUUUCUUUUUCUUUCUUUCUUUCUUCAUUUCUCUUUCUUUCUUUCUUCAUUUCUUUUUCUUCGUCUUUCUUCAUUUCUCUUUCUUCGUCUUUCUUCAUUUCUCUUUCUUCGUCUUUCUUCAUUUCUCUUUCUUCGUCUUUCUUCAUUUCUUUUUCUUCUUUCUUUCUUCAUUUCUCUUUCUUCGUCUUUCUUCUUCUUCGUCUUCAUUUCUUUUUCUUCUUUCUUUCUUCUUCUUCGUAUUUCUUCAUUUCUUUUUCUUCUUUCUUUCUUCUUCGUCUUUCUUCAUUUCUUUGUCUUUCUUCAUUUCUUUUUCUUCGUCUUUCUUCAUUUCUUUGUCUUUCUUCAUUUCUUUUUCUUCGUCUUUCUUCUUCUUCGUCUUUCUUCAUUUCUUUUUCUUCUUUCUUCAUAUUUUUUUCUUUCGUCAUUUCUCUUUUUCUUUCUUUCUUCAUUUCUCUUUUUCUUUCUUUCUUCAUUUCUCUUUUUCUUCUUUCUUUCCUGUUACCACUCUCUCUGCUCUUUUACUCUCUCUUCUUUCUUUCUAA